GGCACCAAAACAAGAGCUGACCCCGAACCCGGAUUGUGACUCUGUGAGGCUCGAGCUCAGGCUAGUCAAGCACGCGAAGGCCCAGAUCCAGGUCAAAGCGUAUUCCCCUGAAAUGCUUCUCUACACACAUGUGUCGGGGACGGGCAUGGGUUCUAGACCUACGCGCAACAUUGCAAAAGAGAUGGACCUUCUCUCUCUUUGCACUUGUCUCUACAACUUCAGCAUCAGCUCGGAAGACAGAAUGUCAGUCUCUUGACGCUUGACUCUAGCUAAGAAGCUGGAAGAAUCAAAGUUUACAUCAUCGCUGUUGGUGCCCGGCGGACGGAGGUUCGAUGAGAAACAUGUCGCGCUGAAUGGAAUUCAUCAUCACCUCCAAAUUUCCAGUCGAAAAUAAGGCAGGAGGCGAUCUCGGUCACCAAGAAUGUCGUGACAAGUGUUGGCAGAAAGUCCACCAAUAUCGAGAGGAUCGCUGGGAUUAUCACCAAGGUCCCGCAGCCCAUCACUCUUGCAAUCUUGGCUGGUUGUGGUUUUCUUGGAAGAGCGAGGCAGUUGCUGUCCCCGAAGCGAUGGAAAAGCAUGAUGGUCGAAAAGACAUUUAUUCGCGGAUCGACAAGGUCGUGAAUGCACACAAAAAGAAAUCAGAUGGAUGGAUCUCACAGCUACUUCUUCGGGAGUUGAUCCGUAAGCUUGUUUCUUCGGUGCUCACUGCGGGAUUUGAGAAGUUCACGGGGAUACGCCAGAGUCCAAUGAACGUGCCAAACACGAGGGGCGGAACGUGUGCGGUCUCGGGACGUGCCAGUGGAAGUGACAUGUGGACCUGUUCAUCAUCGAGUCGUCUCCUGUGGAACGCGCAAGACACCGUCGUUGACUCGCUAACAGACAUUCUUUAUGGCUGGUACGAUCGCCUUUCUCGUGAUCCGAAAGCAAAGUCUCCACCGAUCCCGCCGAGUGAAUGUCGCUGUGACAUUGGAAUCGUUGUCGAGCGAUUCUACACUCAUCCAAAGUGCUCCACGGAAAUUUUCGCAUUCGAGUUCACCGCAGAAGCUUCGUGGCCUUUUCGAGUUCCCGAGGGCCAGCAAGGCAUAAUACGUGUUGGUCCCGAGGAAGUUUUUCCGCCGCCAAGGUUCGACGAAGAUUGGUCGAAUCUCGAUAUUAUCGGGAUGAGGGCCUUUCCACCUGUUCGUGAGGAAACCGGGUUUGCAAAGCUUGACCUUGAAAGGUCCAACCUUCCCAGGCCUGACUUGGGCCAAUUGGACACGCAGCACAAGGGAAUGCUACUUCCGGUCACUGAGCACGCUAAGAACUGGUUCAAGGACCACACAGACAGGAAAGGCUGGGUACAGGGAGGAGAUUCCCCCUUCAAUUACCACCAUAAAGCAACGAGUGAGCCGCCUGGGCCUUAUCAUGCAGACGUAAUGCUAUGAAUCAACCGCUAGUUGCAGUGACUGUACUCAUCCCUGCGGUAGCCGUCAGCGAUAGGUUCAUAGACGCCUUUAAUUUGAACGUGAGCAGCUAUCAUCAUUAUUGUUUACAACGAGCCACCUGCCAGUUCCCGACCAGAUAGCUGAAGCAGUUCGAAGAGCCUGCGUCUUGCCAGGUACUAAUUCGUCAUUUUCCAAGUUGCAAACUGCUUGCAGUUGAUGGGGUAGUGGUUUUAAUGAUGCAAGAAUGACGAGCGAGCCGCGCGAGAUACAUUGACCUUCUGGCUAGUCCGCGUGCUUGACACGAGGCA